ACCGGUGCCCCCGGGCCCCGGCGAAACGUGCCGGAAUUGGGGGUUGGUCUGCUGCUCCGGCCAGUCUGACGGCACCGACGAGGCGACGACAUCGCCCAUUUUGGUUGGCCCGCGGCAGCAUGCACACUCUAUCACAGGUCACAGCCGUCUACGACCCUCCCUCUCUGCACUCUAUAUACAGCGGGAGCCGGAGCCAGCAGUGUCGUCGCAGCUCGCGCACCGCUCGCUCGCGACGAACCAGCCCGACCGCGUGCGUACGUCGUCGUCGUUCGUAGCAGGAAGCGCGCCGUGCGCUGCCAUGGAGCAGGAGGAGGCGCGGGCGCCGCUGCUGCAGCCGCAGCCGCGCGGCGGGGCGGGGGAGACGGCGGCGGCGGGCGGCACCAAGGCCGGGCGCGCGAGGCGGGCGGCGGUGGAGUGGUGGGUGGAGUCGAAGAAGCUGUGGAACAUCGUGGGGCCGGCCAUCUUCCAGCGGAUUGCGCUGUACGGGAUCAACGUCGUCACGCAGGCCUUCAUCGGCCACCUCGGCGACCUCGAGCUCGCCGCCUUCUCCAUCGCCUCCACCGUCGUCGCCGGCUUCAACUUCGGAUUCCUGCUGGGCAUGGCGAGCGCGCUGGAGACGCUGUGCGGGCAGGCGUUCGGGGCCAAGAAGCACCACAUGCUGGGCGUGUACCUGCAGCGCUCGUGGAUCGUGCUCCUCAUCUUCGCCGCCGGGCUGACGCCGACCUACAUCUUCAUGGAGCCGCUGCUGCUGCUGAUCGGGCAGUCGCCGGAGCUGUCGCGCCUCGCGGGGCGGAUGAGCAUCUGGCUGAUCCCGCAGCACUUCGCCAUGGCGAUGCUGCUCCCACUCACGCGGUUCCUGCAGAGCCAGCUCAAGAACUGGAUCACCGCCGUCACCGCGGGCGCCGCGCUCGCCGUCCACGUCGUCGUCACCUACCUUCUCGUGCAGUACUUCCAGCUCGGGAUCGUCGGGGCCGUCGCCGCCGCCGACAUGUCGUGGUGGCUCGUCGUGCUGGGGCAGCUCGUCUACGUCGUCGGCGGCUGGUGCCCGCUGUCGUGGAAGGGCUUCUCGAUGGAGGCGUUCAACGACUUCUGGGAUUUCAUCAAGCUCUCCUCGGCCUCCGGCGUGAUGCUCUGCUUGGAGAACUGGUACUACAGAGUGCUAGUGUUGCUGACAGGUUACCUGAAGAACGCUGAAAUCGCUGUGGAUGCACUCUCCAUAUGCCAGACGAUCAACGGAUGGGAGAUGAUGAUUCCGUUCGGCUUCUUAGCAGCAACAGGGGUGCGAGUGUCGAAUGAGCUCGGCGCCGGGAGCGGCAAAGGCGCUCGCUUCGCCAUCAUCGUCUCCAUCACGACGUCCGUGGUCAUCGGCCUCGUCUUCUGGUUCUUGAUCCUCUACUUCGACGACCGGAUCGCGCUCCUCUUCACUUCCAGCGAGGUCGUGCUCGCCGCCGUGCACAAGCUCUCCGUGCUGCUCGCCUUCACCAUCCUCCUCAACAGCGUGCAGCCCGUCCUCUCAGGGGUCGCCAUUGGUUCAGGAUGGCAAGCGUUGGUCGCCUACGUGAACGUCGGGACGUACUACCUGAUCGGAGUCCCCUUGGGUAUCAUACUCGGUUGGCCGCUGCAUCUCGGAGUCGGGGGAAUCUGGUCGGGGAUGAUUGGCGGGACCGCCGUUCAAACGGUGAUCCUGGCCUACCUCACCGUCAAAUGUGAUUGGGAUGAAGAGGCGAAGAUAGCCAGUACGAGAAUGCAGAAAUGGGCGGCCGACUUAAAAUAAACUGAAGCUGCUCGGGGGUGUUUCCUAAUAAACUUUAGAACAUAUCACAUCGGAUGUUUGAUACUAAUUAGGAGUAUUAAAUAUAUUCUAAUUAUAAAACUAAUUGCACAGAUGGAGUCUAAUUCGCGAGACGAAUCUAUUAAGCCUAAUUAGUCCAUGAUUUGAU